AUGGUGUAUAGUCGCGAUUCUGGCUUUGUUCUACUCAAUAUCCCGAAUGUACAGAUACGCUCUCAACAAUCGUCGUACUCAGAAAGCGGUACACUGACCAUAGAAUGCAUCUAUGUCACUCCAGAGGGUCAAGCAGCUAUCAACCGGAAUAUAUUUCUCAUAUUGCGUAUCAACUCUAACGAAAUACCACUCGAUCCUCGGCGUAUGAUCACCUUCACUGCUCAGGUACAAGGAACCCACGCCGGCCAGACGUAUGUUCUUCACGGAACAGACUUGGAUCCAGAAGUACUUGAACUUUACGUCCCGGUUUUUGACUCAAACGAUGCUAAGGCGUUGCAAAGACAAGAAGACCUAGAUACUCUGCAGGGUAUCUUCACAGAAUAUGCAGGUCUUACAGAACUCGCUUCUGCCCAUGUGUCGCACAGUAUGCCUAUGUCGACAAACUCUCCAGAUCUCCGCGGUCAUCUUGUGUUGGUCAACGAGGAUUCUGGUGACAUUAUAGGAGAGGUGGAUCAGAGAGUUACUGUUUAUGAAGACCCAGAUAUUUCCCGUCUUGAGAAAGGGCAUGAGCAUGGGCCUGUUGUCAUCGAAAUCAACCAGGAUGAAGAAGGUCAAGCAAUAGAAGUGUUUGCGAGGGCAAUUCCUACUGGUCAGGAGGAUUGGAUGACCAAGUCUGCCAGACUAGUCAGUCAAGGAAUCUCUCAAACUACCAAUCUCCUUGUAAAUGUCGUUUCUUCUGCCUCUUCCAACUACGUAAACCGAUCGUCCCCGUCUACUUCGACUGUCCCCGGUGCAAAAUCAUCUCCAUCAUCAUCGAAAGCUGUUGCUUUCAUUUCAUCUUCCCGCACUCGGACAGGGCUUACCCAUGCACACGCGCUCACUGCACAGGCCGUAAAAGUGAGCGGGAAAACGCUGUCGGUGAUAGACGACAUGAUAGGCAAGAUGAUUGGCACUAAGAGCAGCAGCAAUACGCCAAAAGGCAUGCCGGUCACGCUGCCGAGCUUAAAUAAUGUUGUAAAUGUCCCGCCUCCGCCCCCGUAUUCGACUUCUCCUAAUCCUCUCACAGACUCUGUGAAGCCUCCACUGCCUCCGCGGAAGGUGCCAAUUCUUUCUCAGUCCGGAUCCGAGAAACCUCCACUUCCACCUCGUUUCAUCAGUACUCCAGCUACGGCCCCACCUGCUUCUUCCAGCGCGCUCACUGCGAAAGCGAAGCUCAUCCUGUCCGCGGACUUGAUCCUUUCUACCUUGGAUCAAUCUGUAAAGCAGCUUAUCGAUGUCGGAGGUCGUAGCGCAACUAGAGUUGUUGGGCAUCAAUAUGGCUCAGAAGCGGCGCAAAAUACAGCUCUCAUAGCCGGUACCGUGCGGAACGUCGCUCUGGUGUAUAUUGAUAUGCGCGGUGUUGGGCGGAAGGCACUCAUAAAGAGAGUUGGUAAACAAUACGUCAAAAGCAAAUUCGCAAAACGAGAUGAAUAA